AUGAACGGUCACGAGUCCUCUCCCAAAUCCCCAUUUGCUCAGCUUCAGCGCUCAACGUUCAGCUUUCGGCGUUCCGCGAGUGUUGGAUCAGAUCGAAGACAAUCUGCGGAGAAAAUUUUGGUGCGUAAAGUAGAUACGCGAUUGCUGCCCAUCAUUGUCGUGAUUUUCAUAAUGAAUUACAUCGAUCGUACUGCAGUCACCGCGGCCCGGCUCAAGGGUCUAGAGGAGGACCUUGGCUUAACAGAUAUUCAAUACAAUAUAGUCCUCGCAGUACUAUACGCGUCAUAUUGUCCCGCACAAAUCCCAUCUACCAUCAUCUUGAAUCGAUUCGCGAGGCCAUCACUCUACAUUGGAACGUGUGUCAUCAUAUGGGGCUUGACCAGUACCCUCACAGGCGUGACCCACAACUUUACCGGAAUCCUUGUAUGUCGCGUGUUCAUUGGAUUACCGGAAGCCGCUUUUUAUCCUGGAGCCAUGUAUCUUCUAUCGCGAUGGUACACGAAUAAAGAGCUAGCUUUCCGUUCGGCCAUUCUUUACAGUGGUCUCCUUAUAUCAAACGCUUUCGGUAGUCUCAUGGCUGCAGGUAUUCUUUCAGGCAUGGAAGGUCGCCUUGGAAUCACAUCUUGGAGAUGGCUGUUCUACAUCGAGGGGUCAAUCACGAUGCUCGUAGGAAUCUUGACAAUGUACUUACUUCCAGACCAUCCCAAUAACACCCGCUGGCUCUCGUCAGCUGAACGCCGCCUUGCACAAGUGCGGCUUUCGGAAGAUGUAGGCGAAGCAGACCAGGAUACCGCAGUAGAUUCGGCCUGGAAUGGUUUUAUGUUGGCGAUGAAAGAUCCCAAAGUGUCCAUAAUGGCGGUAAUGACGUGCUCGCAGCUCCUCGGCUGCAGUUUCAUCAACUUCUUCCCGACGCUAACAGCGACACUCGGGUUCAACACUACCAUUAGUCUGUUGCUUGCAGCCACUCCGUGGAUUUUCGCCGCCAUCCUCUGCUGGGUGAACGCAUGGCAUGCAGACAGAACUGGUGAACGCUUCUUCCACAUCGCAGGCUGGUGGUGGGCGGUCAUACUGGGGUACAUUAUCGGUCUCACGACCAUGUCUACCGGGGGCCGUUACGUUGCGAUGUUUCUCAUGGCAGCGGGGUAUGCGGGUGCUGCGCUCACAAUGGUAUGGGUGGCCAACGCAAUACCACGCCCACCUGCGAAACGGUCUGCCGCCAUUGGCAUCGUGAAUGGCUUCGGGAACAUAGGGAGUCUGAUCGGAUCAUUUACUUGGAAAGCGGAAUGGGGUCCUGAGUAUCGCCCCUCGAUGUUAAUAGGCAUUGCGGCGCUGACCUUCAGUUCUUUGCUUGCACUUGAGAUACGCCAGAUGCUUAUCCGUGAAAAUAAUAAACUCAAAGUCACAGAACUUGGCGCUCUCGACAAUGGAGGCCGUGAACGGGUUGAAGAGGCAGCAAGGCUUGGGGGGAUCUCAACUGAAGAGGCGAUGAAGAGGAAGACAGGAUUCAGAUAUUUUUACUGACUGGCGUGUGUACAAUCUAUUCGUUGAGCCUGAUUCAAUUCGACGUGGCAGCAUUAAUGAUU